AUGCAUUCUGCCGGCUUCCACGUACAGGACCCAGCUGUAUCUUCGCAACGGUUUGUCCCAAUGCCUCUCAAGUUCAUCGAGAAGGCUAUUGGGCAGCACGAAGUUUCGUUGGGAGCAGACCAGGGCCUUUUUAAGAUUACCAUCGCAGACCAGGACUCGACGUGUCUGACAUCCGAUGCUCCUCGUCCCACGUGUUAUGUCACGUCCCCCGAACUGGUGCGUGAUGCUCUUUCUGGACCGCUUCUCGGACCCGCGGAAUUGUCUAAAUGCUUUGUUGUCGGAAUGCACAACCAUGGCGUUACAUGCUAUGUUAAUGCAUGCAUCCAGAUGUUACAGGCUAGCGUCCAUGCAAUGAAGUUGCUUAUCAGCACGCAAUAUCGCGGACUACUCGCAAAGGAUCAGCUUUCUCGUGCUGUUUUCAGCACCCUUGACGAUCUCCGUGAUGCAGCCAGGAGCUCUCACAGGAGCUCCGGUGCGUCGUAUGGGACGAUGUAUCCUAAGCAAAUCAUCAACCAACUGCCGCGCUUUCACAUGUCUCCGUACUCAAUGGGCGAUGCUUAUGAGCUUCUUCUGCUGAUCCUGGACAAUAUUUCCACUGCAGAAAUCCGAGUAGCCAGGGCAGAUGAGUACGUUCCCCCAAAUCGCGACACAACAGCGAUUGAUCAGCUAUUCGGGCAGCUACAACGAACAACAAUUUCCUGCAGCACAUGCAAAAAGGAUACUAUCAGCUACUCUUUGACACGGUCCCUCCAGCUUCCUCUGAACACCUCGCUCUAUGGGGCGAUGAAGAAGUAUUUUAGGGGCAGCGAGGUGGACGGAUAUCGAUGUGAAAAGUGUGGACAGAAGACAAAGAUAUCUAUGGUUCAGAACAUAUGUAAUACACCAACGAUUGCCCUUUUCUGCAUUUCGCGGUGGGACAGCUAUGGAAUGAAGAACUCUCAGCCAUGUGCGUGUCCGCUGGAGCUUGACAUGUCUCGAGGUCUGUCACGGGAUAUAGUUGAGCCUCUUGCUCCAAAGCAUAGCAAACAGAAGAAGCACGGUAAGCAGAGGGGUUCGUUGGCAAGCAUGCUAGCCAACCCUGACAAACAUAUUGGCGCCCCAUCCACUGUGACUCAUCGGCUUGUUGCAAUGAUAAAUCACCACGGUUCUACCAUGAAUUCGGGCCACUAUACCGCGUUUGUUCGAGAUGUCACCUCGGGGGUCUGGUACCUUGUGGAUGACUCGAUAGUCACGCGGGCAUCUGAGGCAGAAGUUUCAGCAGGAACCGAUGCAUACGUGCUACUGUACGAAAAAGCAGACAUAUCUGUAAGAGGGGCUGCUGUAGCUCACGAAGUUAUUGCAUCUGUACAUGAGGACGAGGAGAUCUUAAGUUCCCUACCCUCCUCAGCUCAGCAGAAUACAAAGAAGACGUCAACUGUUGCGGCUAGCAGCAUUGUAGAAGGCAACAAUCCAGUUGACACACCCCCUAGGAGGAGUUCUAAGAUGUGUACCGAUCCAAGUUCACUUGAGAAAGUCCUCUAUCCAAACAAAGUGGAAACAUGGACCGGCGAGGACCUUCCACCAGAAAUAUUGACAGCCAAAGCACCGAAUGGAGAACUUGCACUGGUAAGCGACUACUUGCAUAGAGGUCCCGAUGAGAUGGACGCCGAAAUUGAUCGAGGUAGGCGUCGGAAAACUAAAGCUAUCAGAGAAGAGAACCACCGGCAACACACGCUCGAGGCAAGAAAGAAAAAACACGAGCGGACGCAGCAGUGGAAGAAAAGGAUUGCUUCGCGUACGAUAGUUAAUAUAUUUAAGAGAAUACGCAAGCAGUAG